AUGUCCCACGCCCGCAUAGAAGAGGUCUCCGACUCCGACCUCGAGUCGGCCUCUGACCCCUCCGAAGGCGACAUUGACGACUUUGACGACACCGAUAUCCUGCGCCGCGUCGACCCCAAGCGCGAGACGCCCGCCCAGACGAACGUGCCCACGCCUCAGACCGCCCGCCCCUCGGCCCCCGACGCCAACUUCCACACGACCGCCGACGCCAGCCAGUACGCAGACUACCACUGCCUCUACCCCGUCUACUUUGACGCCGCCCGCACCCGCGCCGAGGGCCGCCGCGUGUCCGCCGCCCGCGCCGUCCGCAACCCCCUCGCCCGCGAGAUCGUCAACGCCUGCGCCGCCCUGCGCAUCCCCACCCUCUUCGAGCCCGGCAAGUCCCACCCCAAGGACUGGGCCAACCCGGGCCGCGUCAAGGUCCGCCUGCCGCGCGACGACCCCGCCGUCACCCCGACCCGCCCCGUCGACGGCAAGCACCACCUCUACCUCCUCGUCGCCGACCACCUGCGCGCCCACCCCGCCGCCGAGGACAGCCUCACCCUGCGCGCCCGCAUCCAGGGCGUGCCCCCGGCCAUCGACCCCGCCCAGCCCUGGCCCCGCCCCGCCGUGCCUCGCGGCUGGAAGAUGGGCGACCUGCUGCCCUACAUCAGCCCUGCCAUGACCGGCGGCGGCGUCAGCGAGAACCUCUUUGGCGACAUGAUGAAGGAGAUGCAGCAGGGUGGCGGCCCGGCUGCCGACAACCCCAUGGCCGCCCUCAUGGCGCAGGGCAUGCCCGGCGGCGGCGGCGGCGGCGGCAACGCCAUCGAGGACAAGCCGGGGAAGAAGAAGAAGGGCAAGGGCAAGGCGUAG